GAAACAAAUCCAACACAGGAAAGAAAAUGGCGGCGACGGGCGACGACGCCGCAGCGAUGGACAGCAUCUCCCGGGCCCCCGCGGCCCACCUGGCGGCCCUCAACGCGGCGGCGAGCUCCAGCGGGCCCGCGGAGGCUCCGGAGGAUGUGGCGGAGACCCCGGCGCUGCCUCCCAAAAAGCCCGGCACGAGCAGUGACGGCGGCGUGGAGACCGCGGAGGAGGCCGUGGAGCCGGCGGAGCUCGACAUCAACGAGCUGUGCACCGACAUGUUUGAAAAGAUGUCCGUGUUCCUGCAGGGAGAACUAACAGGGACGUGUGAGGACUACCGCCUGCUGGAGAACAUGAACAAGCUCACCAGCCUGAAGUACAUGGAGAUGAAGGACAUCAGCAUCAACAUCAGCCGCAACCUGCAGGACCUCAACAACAAAUACGUCAGCUUACAGCCGUACCUGGACCAGAUCAACCAGAUCGAGGAGCAGGUGUCUUCACUCGAACAGGCCGCUUACAAACUGGACACCUACUCCAAGAAACUGGAGGCUCGAUUCAAAAAGCUGGAGAAGCGGUGAGGAGCAUCGGGGGGGCAAGAGGUCGACCUGAGAGCUGCGGUGUCACCUCGCCUUCUUUGAGCCACGGGGGAUAAGAAACAGUUUGACACGGAGGAGGAGGAGGAGGAGGAGGAGGAGGAGGAGGAGGAGGCAGCAGCUGAAGCCACACGAAGAAGAAGCGAGAGGAGCGGGACUCUGAUGAAGAUCACGUGGUGGAAUCAGAAUGUAAUAAUUCACUGAUAAGGAAACAGACUUGGAGAUGAACUCUUUGUAUGUAGAUACUUACUUUGCUCGAUGAAGCACCCUUAAUCAAUACGAAGCCUUCUGAUCAUCUUAGAUCACUUAACGGAUACGAGGCAGCCUGAUGCCGGGAUUACCUGCUUAUGCCUCAAGCUGGUUAAUUUAUAUGAAGAUAUGUAAUAUGAAGUAUUGUUUGACUGGAGAUUUUGACACUUAAAACUGGAUUUUUUUUUUAAUAAACGGCUGGUGAACAUCA